GAAGCGAUUGACGUAAGACACGUGUGAGAAAGAAUGUUUAGGGUUUUCUCCCUCCCAUGUGUAUCUCUCGGAACCCUUAUGUUCCCCAAAGCGUUAGGGAUCUUUUCUGUGAAUUUCUAGCUUUUCCUGCCUUAGCUGAGAAUACUUCCGCUUCCUGGAUUCCACUCAGUCCGAUCCUGGCAAAAGCAUUCUGCUUUUUGACUUCAUGAAUUAGUUUGACUUCAUGAGCCUCAUGUUGAUGUUGGCCCACUAUUAGACAGCUUAUGGGUCAAGAAGAAAUGCCAAGAAAAACAUUCAGAGUUCUCCUCACUAAGUAAGAGAGACAGCCUUUGAAGUCACCCAGGGCCCAGCUGUCAGCUUUGAAAAGCAGUGCCUCCUCACAUGUGCCUGCAUUCAGCUACGGUGGCCCAUGCCCCUAAACAAUGGCUGCACUUGGUCUGUCUCCCACAUUUGUUAUAUCCUCUCAGGGCUCUGCAGAUAGCCAAGAAUCAGAACUUCCUCUUCUUUCAGAAUACCAUUCUUGUCAGCAGAAUUCGGGUUUGUUUGCUUGCCGUGCUCCAGAGCCUAAUACACCAACUCGUGUUUCUUCUCAGGAGUCUGUGACAUUCCAAGAUAUUGCUGUGGAUUUUACUGAGAAAGAGUGGCCCCUGUUGGAUUCUUCCCAGAGAAAACUAUACAAAGAUGUAAUGCUGGAGAAUUAUAGCAACCUGACUUCCCUGGGGUAUCAAGUCGGCAAACCCAGCCUCAUCUCACACCUGGAGCAAGAAGAAGAGCUGAGGAUGGAGGAGAGAAACAUUAAAUGGGGUACUUCUCUAGAUUCGGGAACUCCAUCUCAAAUAAAGUGGUCUGUUGUUGUGGAAGAUAUUUUUGGUGAGGAAACAUCUAAUGGAGUGAUAUUGGAAAAAUCUCAUCUUUUGGAGAAAUCAUCUGAUUUCGCCCAUUUACUUGAUGUCUUCAGUAUUGGCCCUCACUUAAGUCAGCCAGUUGGAAGACCUGUAAACAAGAGGCCCUGUCACCGCCACAGCUGUGGAGUUGCUUUCAAAAAGAGGACUCACCUGCCGCAGCACAUGAGCAUGUAUGAUGGGAGAAAAGUGCAUGAAUGUCACCAGUGCCAGAAAGCCUUCACCACCAGCGCUUCUCUUACAAGGCAUCGUAGGAUUCACACUGGGGAGAAGCCUUAUGAGUGCAGCAACUGUGGCAAAGCCUUCAAUGACUCCUCAGCUCUAAGGAGCCACGCAAGAACUCACCUGAAAGAGAAGCCCUUUGACUGCAGUCAGUGUGGUGACGCCUUCCGGACUCCCUCUGCUCUGAAGGUACACAUGAGAGUUCACACUGGUGAAAGACCCUACAGAUGCGACGAGUGCAGCAAAGCCUACGGCAGGAGCUGCCACCUCAUAGCCCACAAGCGGACACACUCUGGGGAGAGGCCCUAUGCGUGUCAGGACUGUGGAAAGGCCUUCCAGCACCCCUCCCACCUGAAGGAGCAUGUCCGGAACCAUACCGGGGAAAAGCCUUAUGAGUGUGCACAGUGCGGCAAAGCCUUCCGAUGGAAGUCCAACUUCAAUUUGCAUAAGAAGAACCACAUGGUCGAGAAAAGCUAUGAGUGCAAAGAAUGUGGAAAGUCCUUCAGUGACCUCCUGUCAAGGAGGAAACACAUGAGACUUCAUAUUGUAAAGAAACCAGCUGAGUGUUGCCAGUGUGGGAAAACCUUCCGAAACCAGUCUAUCCUGAAGACACACAUGAACUCUCACACUGGGGAGAAACCUUAUGGCUGUGAUUUCUGUGGAAAAGCCUUCAGUGCAAGCUCCAACCUCACUGCACACAGAAAGAUACACACUCAGGAGAGACACUAUGAAUGCCCUUCCUGUGGGAAGGUCUUUGGUGAUUACCUGUCACGGAGGAGGCAUAUGAGCAUUCAUCUUGUCAAGAAGCGUGUGGAAUGUUGUCAGUGUGGAAAAGCUUUCAGAAACCGAUCCACCCUGAAGACUCACAUGAGAAGCCACACAGGCGAGAAGCCAUAUGAAUGUGACCAUUGUGGGAAAGCCUUCAGCAUAGGUUCCAACCUUAAUGUACACCGAAGGAUUCAUACCGGGGAAAAGCCCUAUGAAUGCCUUGUUUGUGGAAAAACCUUCAGUGACCAUUCAUCCCUUAGGAGUCAUAUGAAAACCCACCGGGGAGAGAAGCUCUUUGCCCCAUCCAUGUGGAAAAGGCUUCAGUGAGUACUCAGAUGUAAAGGAAACCUGACAGGUUUAAGAAGUCACAAAUCUUUCAUGAACUCUCCACAUAAAAAAUGUAAAAGGUCACAUGGAACUUGGGAUAAAUCCAGUUUGUGGAAAAAUUGAAAAGACUUGACUUGGUAUUCAGCACUUGUGAUCUCUGUGAGAAAACGGGAAAUUGGGAAAAUUUUUGUAUUGAGUAUCAAGAAAUUUUCAGCAUAGUUCAUAAUCUGAAACUUAUGAGAAUUUAAGAGAGACGAUUCAACUUGAGCGUUUAGUGAUAAAAAUCAGCAAAAGUUUAUGGGCACUCCAGAGUGAAUCUUUAUCGAUACAGUGACUAGGGAAAUCUUUCCUCAUCACACAUUUGUUCCAUGGGUAAGAAAUCAGAGUAAAGAGAACAAUCUCAGGAGUAAGAAACAGGAAAAAGUGAAUAAAAAGAGGUGAGCAAACUAGCCAGCCUGUUUAUUAUUGGCUCACAAGCAAAAUGCUUGUUCUUUUAAAAGGCAAAAGGCAUCUGGAAAAUAUCCUACAUGGCACUGACAUACACGCUUUUGUAAAAAUCUUUUUCAGGCAGUAUUGAUUCUCAGCCUGGGGCAGUUUUGCUCUUCAGAGCAUUUGUCAAUAUCUGGACAGAUUUUUGGUUUGAUAAUGGGGAGAGAGGUAUGACAGGCAUAUAGAAAGAUGACAUCAGGAUACAACGAUAUCAUUGUAUCAAAUAGCCUACAAAUUCACAAAAGUCAUCCGUGUCAAAGAAUUAUGUGUAGUACUAUACUAUAAUCGUGCUGAAUUUGAGGCUAUCAUUCAUUCCUCAAUUAUUAUGACCUCUAUGAACACUCAGAUUUGGAGAAAUUUUUGCAGCUUUUUAACAAAAAAAAAAUGCAAUUCAGUUAUUUCUGGAAAUGUGUGAGAACAUGCACUUCUGCUAACUCUCUGUGAAAAUGUUAAUAGCCAUAGUCUUCUUGUGUCUGAAUGUAGAAUUGUAUUUACAAGUCUUUCAUAAUGACAACAUAAUGAUCUUUUUAUUUUUAGAGUUACAAUCUUCUGAAUAGCUCUUAGGCCCCUUUACAAAUGGUAUGUAGAUACUAUUUUCUUUGGGAAACUUAACCUGAUUUAGAACUCUGUUAUGUUAUGUACUGAGUAAUGUGGGUAUUUUUGGUACCUGUGUCAAAUGCAUUGUGAUUAAAGCGCGAAGCUUCCUAAUGUAGGUCCUUUGGUUGCUUAUGACUUUCUGUCAGAAAGAGUAACAGAAUUCUAGUUGCUUCCCCAGUAUGCAUUUUAAACUCCCAUAGCAGAAGAAUCACAGUUUUAUUUGAUGAGUAAAUGGUGCUAUUUUAAAAAAUCUUUUGCAGUUUUUUUUGUAACUAGUACUUUCUACAUUCUUUUUUGUUUUGUUUGGUUUGGUUUUUAGUUUUUGUUUUAGUUUUCAAGACAGGGUUUCUCUGUAGCUUUGGAGACUGUCCUGGAACUCACUCUUGUAGACUAGGCUGGUUUCAAACUCACAGAGAUCUGUCUGCCCGCCAAGUGCUGGGGUUAAAGGCAUGCGCCACCACCACAUGGCAAUAUUCUCUACAUUCUAUGACCCUGAACAUUGAUAAACAGAGGUCUUUAGCUUUCUGAGAAAAAGAUCUUGGAGAAAAAAAAAGUCUGAUUUUUUUUUUUUUAAUUCUUUGUGUGACCCGGAAGAUAAAAACUACAGUCUAAAGAGGACACUCUAGAAAAGUCACAGUAAUCCCAAUCUGUACUGUGACUUCUGAAAGACUUUACAGUGGUGCUCAAUUUAUUGUAUCUAGACUUUCUAUUACCUGAGAAAACAAUAAAAUUCAUUA